AUGCGAAAAAUUCGACUUCGGCAAGCGUUGGCUCUGGCUACACGGCUCCAGAGGACGCCGCCGCUAGGGCAGCCUCCGGCCUGCGUCAUCCCUUGGCAUCUCGGCUCGUGGAUGUACUCCGUACGGAGUAGGUGGAUUGAAGACGCAAGGCCUCGAUGGCGAUCAACUGUGGCACCCACCCAUCUCCAGAUUGACACCUCACCACUCACACUACAGCGCAGAUUGGCACGCCACCGGUUGAUCAAUGAUACCAAGCCACCCAUGGGUCGCGGUUUGCAGGGUCUUCUUAGUUGGGACCAGGGCCUCAGCAGCCUCGAAAUUCUUGGCCUCCAGUCGUGGCCUGCCAGUCCACCGGUAUCAUUCGGCGCUUGGGGGCACCGGCAUCUUCCUCUGCCGACUCGACUCGACUCGACGCGACGUGCGCUGUUGGUCCUGCCCAUUGUAAACCUCUCGACCCGUCAGCUACUGGAGCCACCUUUUUCCCUUUCCCUUCUGCUUUCUGGUGAAGUCUGGGGCUUCAACCGCAGCCUUGCCCUUGUACGACAAGUCCCGUGCUUGUUCCAGGUCAAGCCUCACAAGCCUCGUGCUCGGUGUGCCGAGUUCGCCUUUGCUUUCUCGCUUCACCAACAGGAACGAACAACGCCGCUCUCCGAACCCGCAUACGGCCUCCUGCGCUUGAGCACCCCAGAGGCGCCUGUUCUCGACCAGACCCUCGUUCCUGUUUUUGAUCCCUGUCCGUUGACAGAUUUCCUUGUCCACUUGAGAGCCCAGUCCCACGGGUCCAACCCGCCCAAAGUGUCCAACAGGGCUCUCUCCGAGAACCACUUGGGCUUGAACACCCCUGCUGCAUCUUUGCAGCUUGGCUCUGUCAUUUUUUGA